UCACUUUCAGAGAAUAUAUUGUAUCGUAAAAAAAAAAUAAAAUAAAAAAGCGGUUAAUUUGUUGAGAACAAUUCUAUGAGAUAUUCCGAUUUCGUCACAGCUUGCGAAUUACAGAUGAGUCGGUCCAAAAAUAUAAUAUAAUAUUAAACAAAACAAUAAAACAAUCGAAUAGCCGUAAAUUGUGACUUAUUGUUGUUUUAAAGCCCACUAGAAAGAGAAAUUUCACAUUUCCGGAUAGCUGGGAAAAAUCUAUAGAAAACUCAUAUUGGCUGGUCACUACCACGUUAACAGCUAUUUAUAAUAUUGAUGUGCACACCCACCAUAUUCACCAUAAACGUUUCACUGUUUCAGUCAUAAGAAGGUAGUGAUGCUAUUAAAUGUAGUUGGUGCAAUUACUGCAAUACAAGGACUAUCUGUCCAAUUUAAAAAAUAAAAUACCAAGUAAACUUUGUCUUUCAUUUACGUUGCUGUGCUGUGCUUUGAUUGUAUUAUUUUGUUUAUUUGUAGAUGUUUUUUUUGAUAUGGUGGAUAUUGAUCAUCGAUUGUAUGGUGGAAUUCAAAACCGUUUAUGGAAACGAACGGGUGAUAAUAACGGUGCCGGUGCACAUAAAAAAAAUGCACCAUACGAAAAUGAUUUACAAGAUCAUCGAAAAGCCCGUUCUCGCGGAACCGGUCACUACGCCGUCCUCGGGUCAAGUCGGUUACCGCGAGGAGUCCGCGACGGCCGGCGCUCCUCGCGGUACGCGCGGUGACGAGAACCAAACGGUAGCGACGACUUUCAGAUACCACGACCGCGGUCGUCAAGGGCCAGCAGCCGCCGAACAUCGCGGUCGUGGUCUUGACGGAGACCACCGUCCGCACGGCCGUUUGCGCGAGGGCGAUCCCUCCUCCGCGAAAUGGUCAAGUGCACACGGUACUCGCGUCGAAGGCGGUCGGCACAAGCACAACUACGGAAACGCCGCCGUCGUCGACCACGGACCGCGUUACCACGUGUGGCACGGUAAGCAGACCGGCGGCGAGAGCGUUAAGCACGCCAACGGUGAUCACAAGCGCGGCCACCCCGUCGAAGCGGUGCACGGCCACUUUGGCGGCGUGUUGCGCGUGGCCGGCGACCACGAGCACGGUGGCGUGCGCUUCGGUCACCUCAAGCCGGCGCACCUCGGAGACCACUGGCACUUUGCGGACCAUCAGCACGCGCACUUUGGCGAUCACAAGCACGGGAAUUUCGGCGACCACAAACACGGGAAUUUCGACGGUCAUUCGGGCCGUCAAAACGUCGACCACUUUGGCGGCCACAGGCUCGAGCACUUUGGCGGUUCUGGGCGCGGAAACUUCGGAAGUCCGUGGCGAGCGCAAGACGCGUCCGACGCGGGUUUCCGAGGCGGACUGCAAAACCAACGAGGCCGACCGACCGUCCUGCCGGGAUCGCACUGGCCCGGGGACGUCUCCGAGUUUGGUGGCACCGGAACCGACGGUGCGCGCGAUCAACCAGGCCACAGCGCGGCCGGCCCGGACGCCGCUCAUCGUGAACUCGGCGAGUAUGGAUUUCCAAAGUUGCUGCACGAUCACCUGCAAUUCAGUAACCCGGUUUACGGUCACCAUCACGGAGCGGGUGGUUAUCAAGUACAGGAAAACGUAGCAGACUUCAACGGAAUAAAUUCGAUUGCCGUCCCGCCCCCACAUCCUGCCGCCGCCGCUCAGUCGUUCCAUGCCGGCCACAACUAUCCUUCCCCAGCGCCCAGCACCGGUGGUAGUAACCCCGUGGACGGGAUGCAGUCAGUUUUCUCCAUCCCUUCGCCGCCGACCGUCAACAACGUUUACUACACGCUCGAUCCCGUCGUGCCUUACGACGACACGACACUACGAUCGCACCGCGAAACCGUUCAGAACGGAUUGUAAAAUUAAGCUUAGGUACCGAAGGUGUUUGCUCGUUCUAACGUAUUCGCGCACUGUUUACUAGCUUUUUAGUGCUUUUUCUAUACCUAUUUUCUGCGAAAAUAAUUCAAUAAUAAAGAAAACAAAAAAUAAAAUGCUUAUAUUUUAUCUGAAUUCUAGGUGUGAUGAUGUUAUAAGCUUUGCGAUCCUCGCCACCGAUGACCAUCUCUAUACUGACUGUUAUUUUUAUUUUUAUUAUACAAAGAUAAACUUCAAAAGAUACAUUGAUAUAAUAUACUAACAACGAUAAAAUUUAUCAAUUUAUCAAAAGAAAAAUAGAUUAAUAAUAUAGAUUGUCGUUAAAAAAAAAAAAAUUAAACCCAACAUUUUACUAUUUUUUUACUGGGUAGGUAUGUAACUUUGUUUCUACAAAAUUAUAAACUUUGAUUAAGAUAAUGAUUUUCGUAUUAAUCUAAUAUCAUAAUCUAAGCA